AUGAACACCAGCUGUGUGGAAAGAAGCCCGUUCUGCGUAUCGGAUUCUGACUGCUGUGGCCACCGGUGCGUCCCCCUCAUCUCGCCCAAAAUCCCAGACACAACGAUAUACAACGCCCAUUUCGCUGCCGGAUUACGGGGCCAAAGUUAUUUCGAUCUGUCCAACGUCCACGUCUGUUCGACGGAGAAGAUCCAAUACGACAAGGUUACAAGUCCUUGCGAGGAGGAUCUAAGAGGGCCCACGCGCAAGCCCAGGCCCAGGUCAACAACAACUGGAUCACAUACAACGGAAUCACCCAUACCGGGAUCACCGGGUCCACAGUAUCCAGGGUACCCAUCGUACCCAGGGAACCCAUCAUACCCAAGGAACCCAUCGUACCCAGGGAAUCCAUCGUACCCAGGGAACCCAUCGUACCCAGGGAACCCAUCAUACCCAAGGAACCCAUCGUACCCAGGGAACCCAUCGUAUCCAGGUUAUCCACAAGAUCCACAGUACCCUACAUGUUACCCGAAAAAGUUACAAAACGCGAUUGGCAUAGAGUUAGACCUAUUUGCCGAAUCCGUUCCCCGGGGUUGUCGCCCUUUUGUAAAAAAGACCACGAAAAUAUUUGCCAGAUAUGUGCACCAAGACCCUUUUGGGGAGGAAGCCUCCUAUGGGGAUGAUUGUCCGGCCAAUACUUAA